AGACAACAAGAGCCUUGUAGAAGAAAUGCCGCUCCAGUCUAUCCAAGAUGUACUCCAGUCGGAAUUCUCGCCCCCACUCGACACAUCCCUCAUCGCAGCCAUCGUCGCCGACUACGUGAGCGAGACCCCGGGAGAGCCCUCGCCGGCCCAGCUGCGGUCUUUACGUCAAACUCUGUCUGAACUCGCGGUACAGGCGGAGCAAGAGUGCGACGAGUCACCAGUAUCCGACGACUUUGCGCAGCUCCAGCUAUCCAACACAGACGAUAAUACAUCUACUGCUGAUUUAUUCUCUGCCGGCUCCUCGAUCAAUACCGCGAAUACAUCCAAUGUCUCCGGCUCCAGCGCCCAAUCUUUCAGCUCCCCGUUAGGUUUCCUCCAGACUGCCUUCCCACAUCUACCCGUAUCGCGCCUGAAAAGCGUACUAGGCAGUGCGCAAGAAGAAGAUGAGAUCGAUAUGGAAAGCAUCGUGGAGGACAUCUUGUCUUCGGAGUUUGUGAAAGAUCUGGAGGAACGUGGCCUUGAGGACGAGGUGGUGCCAGAAACGGACUGGCAGACGGCGCAGCCCUCAAAGAAGAAGAAGAAGCAGAAUAAAUGGAAAGGAGGAAAGACCCUCACAUUGGUGGAUGUACGCCAGAGACAGCAUAUCCCGAUAUCUGCUGCUCCCCGUGCAUCUGGUCCUGAUCCUUGGACUCAGCUGUCCUCCGUCGCCACCCAUCUGGAGACACUUCUGCCCUCACGUUCUGCUUCGUACUUCCAGUCGCUUUUCCACUCUCCCGAAUACGCUUCCCCUUCAGAUGCUCUGCGUUCAGUAUUGUUGUCCAUGUCAGCCUCGUCAUUCACAUCUGAACUAGAGCUGGAGGUGACAACGCCGCUUUUCGUAAUGUUCGAUGUCAUCUGCGACUCGCCUGAAUAUGCCAGCCUCGACGAUAUCGACCAGAGACGGAUGCUAGACGAUGCACAACUCGCCUUACGCGCAACUGAAGGGAACGCCGACGCUGCGUUCGAUAUAGUCAAGCUCCUUCGCGAAUUAGACGGUGGAGACGUGGACUGGGCCGUAUACCACUCACCUGCACCUGCUUCUCCUAUCUUAUCAUCCAACGGAUCGAAUAUGAAGUCCAAGCACGCCACCCGUCCGCCGACCAUGCCUCCUGCAGCGCAGCCGCCUCGGGUAAAGACCCGUCCCACCAUCACACCCCUCGCGCCCAAGCCCCCACCUAAUGUCUGGAAGACUGUACCUGUGAUUCCGAAACGCGGACCGAACCCGCACGCAAAUUUUAUCCCCGCCUACCAAGCUGACAAGUCCUCUCCUCGUGCUCUCGGCAAGAAACAAACAAACGAGCACAGGAGUCGCGCCAACGAGUUACUUGAGCAGCGCAGAGAGGCUCUGCGGGAUGCGAGUCGCGCUUGGCAGAGGGGCAACACAGGUAACCGUGGUGGCGAAGUUGCUCUUUACUUCGCCGAGAGGGCUCGAACUCUUCAGGAGGAAGCGCGUAAAGAAAAUCUGAACGCUGCGUGGGACCUCGUAGAAUCCGGAAGGAUCUCGAAGGAGAACGGUUGCAGUAUCGACCUGCACGGGACAACGGUUGCUGAGGCCAUUCAGAUCGUCAAGGACGUCCUUCGAGAGGAUCCUCCAAGCCCUGCCCGACCACUAAAGAUCAUCACUGGUCGUGGUAAGCACUCAACAAACGGCGUUGGCGUUCUCGGGCCAGCCGUGAACAACGCAUUGUUCGAAGAGGGCUGGAACGUUGCCAAAUGGGACGCUGGUCUCAUUAUCCGCGGUCGGACCUCACGUUGGGCCUAGCACCAGGCUAACAAGACCAAACAGUCCGACGCACCAUCUACUUUACGACUUGUCUCUCGCUCAUACGCCCCGGACAUUCCGUAUCCUACUGCACGACUAAUUCACUUAACGUUCGCCAUCGUACAGCUGUCUAUCCCACCGAGCUCUUCCAUCUAGACCUCCGGUUCUAUCUUGUCAUCUAUUCAUUCUCUCUGCGCUCACUCGAUGCUGUUCAAGUUUAGUUUUGUCUCGCGCAUGAUGAUAUCACGAUACCUGCAAUGGCUUCUUCUCUUACUGGUACUGUUGUAUUCUUGAUCUGUCUGACACUUUGUGCAUCCGACAAUUGUAGCUCUAGGGCUGUUGUAGCAUUAAGUGAUACCUAGACAGCUGAAUGUAUUGACACGAGC